AUGGCGCCUCUCGUCGUACAGAUCGGAGCCGGUAUCCAAAUACCGCCAAACGCCAGCAGGGUCCUCCAGGCCUUGGGUAUUCUGCCAAAGACCGCUGCCGUUGCUAAUAACGUCAAGAGUCUGCAAAUGAGGCGAUAUAAAGAUGGGAAACUACUCGUUGACAGACCUAUCCGUUAUCCAACCCCGUGGCUAGUGAUUCACAGAGCCGAUUACCACCAAGUCCUCAUGGACGCGGCCAGGGAUCUGGGGGUGGAAAUUAGGCUGGAUGCCAAAGUGCACCACGUCGACUUCGAAACCGGCCAGGCGCACCUGGAGAAAGGUGAGGUGAUUGAGAGUGAUGUUAUCAUUGGAGCCGACGGUCUAUGGUCGAGUACUCGCGGCGCCAUGCUCGGCCACCAGUCGGAGCCUUUCGAGACGGGUGACCUCGCUUAUCGGGCGACAUUUAGUCGUGACCAGCUCCAAGAUCUGGAUGACCCGCGAAUAACGGCUUUGCUCCAGGUCGAGGGUGUCACGCUGUGGAUGGGCCCAGAGAAACACUGCGUCUUCUAUCCGGUACAGAACGGGAAACAACUCAACAUGGUGCUCCUCAGGCCUGAUAAUCUGGCGACCGGCGUACGAACUGAGCAGGGAGAUAUUGGGGAGAUGAGGAAGACCUUCGAAGAUUGGGACCCUGUACUUUCGAAGAUCAUCAGUUGCGUGCCUUCGGUGUUGAAGUGGAAACUGAUGCACCACGACGAGCUCAAGCAAUGGGUCAAGGGCAGUGUCGCACUCCUGGGAGACGCCUGCCAUCCCACCUUGCCGUACCAAGCCCAAGGAGCCGCCAUGGCCGUUGAGGAUGGAGCUAUCAUCGGUCAACUGCUGACUCAGUUGAACGCCUUCCUGUCGACGCAGCAGCUGACUCCCGCUGACCGUGCCGCACGCGUGAAUGAUGUUCUGAAGCUGUACGAGUCUGCCCAGAAGGAGCGAACCACCACAAACGUCAGAGGAGCCAUCAACAACAGGCAUUUCUACCACCUGCCCGACGGGACCGAGCAGAAGGAGCGUGAUGAAAUGCUGGCAAGGCACACGUGGACAAACGAGUCAUCAAAGUAUCUAUGGUGUGAUACAGCCUACAACCAUCAAUUGCUGCUGUCUGAUGUGCUCGAGAAUGCGCGCAAGGCGUUUGAGUCAUGGAAGAGAGACCAAGGGCCCGGCAGCAACACGGCGAGGCUCUGA